AUGCAAGAUGAAGAAAGAUACAUGACAUUGAAUGUACAGUCAAAGAAAAGGAGUUCUGCCCAAACAUCUCAACUUACAUUUAAAGAUUAUUCAGUGAUGUUGCACCGGUAUAAAAUCUUACUGGGAAUAUCUGGAACCGUGAAUGGUAUUCUCGCUUUGACUUUGAUCUCCUUGAUCCUGUUGGUUUCUCAGGGAGUAUUGCUAAAAUGCCAAAAAGGAAGUUAUUCAAAUACCACUGAGUAUGAGGAUAUUGGAGACCUAAAAGUGAAUAAUGGCACAAGAAGAAAUAUAAGUAAUAAGGACCUUUGUGUUUCCAGAUCUGCAGACCAGACAGUACUAUGCCAGUCAGAAUGGCUCAAAUACCAAGGGAAGUGUUAUUGGUUCUCUAAUGAGAUGAAAAGUUGGAGUGACAGUUAUGUGUACUGUUUGGAAAGAAAAUCUCAUCUACUAAUCAUACAUGACCAACUUGAAAUGGCUUUUAUAGAAAAAAAUGUAAGACAAUCAAACUACGUGUGGAUUGGGCUUAACUUUACCUCCUUGAAAAUGACAUGGACUUGGGUGGAUGGUUCUCCAGUAGAUUCAAAGAUAUUCUUCAUAAAGGGACCAGCUAAAGAAAACAGCUGUGCUGUCAUUAAGGAAAGCAAAAUUUACUCUGAAACCUGCAGCAGUGUUUUCAAAUGGAUUUGUCAAUAUUAGAGUUUGACAAAAUUCACAGUGAAAUAAUCAAUGAUCACUAUUUUUGGCCUAUUAGUUUCUAAUAUUAAUCUCCAGGUGUAAGAUUUUAAAGUGCAAUUAAAUGCCAAAAUCUCUUCUCUCUUCUCCCUCCAUCAUCGACACUGGUCUAGCCUCAGAGUAAUCCCUGUUAACAAACUAAAAUGUACCCUUCAAAAUUUUUACAUGAUAGUAUAAACCAAUGUGACUUCAUGUGAUCAUAUCCAGGAUUUUUAUUCAUUGCUUAUUUUAUGCCAAAUGUGAUCAAAUUAUCCCUGUUUUUCUGUAUCUUGCCUUUUAAAUUCUUAAUAAUGUCCUAAACAAAAUUUCUUAUAUUUCUAAUGGUUGAAUUAUAAUGUGGGUUUAUACAUUUUUUACCCUUUUGUCAAAGAGAAUUAACUUUGUUUCCAGGCUUUUGCUACUCUUCACUCAGCUACAAUAAACACCCUGAAUGUUUUCUUAAA